GUCUCUUAUCAUAUCUGCGUCUUUCCGGUCUCUCGCUCGUCCAUCGCUUUAUUAUUGAUCCCCGCCAUUCGUUUCGGUCGUUCUGCCGUGGUGCUGCUUGACUGCGUUUGAAUCCUCUACCAGACAGACACACAAUCUCACCAGGCUGGCCGUCAUCAGUUGCGACGCCUCGCCAUACAUUCGCUGAUCCCCUGUCGUUCUAUCGGGCCAUGCUCUCAUAACGGAUUCCGUUCCAAAUGGGCAAAUGGCGAUAUGGAGUUAUCCUGGACGCGGGCUCGUCUGGGACUCGAGUACAUGUUUAUCGAUGGUUAGAUAAUAAUAAGGCGCGCAAGGAGGCGGAUCCGGAGCGAUUGAAGUCGCUACCGGAAAUCAAGACAAAGGAGGAAUGGACGAAGAAGAUCCAUCCUGGUGUGUCGUCUUUUGCGACCAAGAUAGACCAGGUCGGUCCGGAGCACCUGGAAUCGCUGCUGCAGCAUGCGCUUGCGGUUGUGCCGGCGGAUGCCGUGAAGGAGACACCGAUAUUUCUUCUGGCCACAGCUGGCAUGCGGUUACUAGGUAAUGUCGAACGACAGCUCCUGCUCGAUCGAAUUUGUUCCUACACCCGUUCGCAUUCCGACUUCUUGCUGCCCGACUGCGAUCUUCACAUCCAAGUAAUUUCGGGGGAAACGGAAGGAUUGUAUGGCUGGAUCGCCACAAACUACCUUUUGGGCAGCUUCGAUGCCCCGGAUAAGCACGAUCAUGGCAAGGGACACAGCACCUAUGGCUUUUUGGAUAUGGGUGGUGCCUCAGCACAGAUUGCUUUUGCUCCCAACGCCACCGAGGCUGAGAAACAUGCCAACGACUUGAAGUUGCUGAGAAUGCGGAACGUGGAUGGUUCUCCUCAGGAGCACAAAGUGUUUGUCACUUCCUGGCUAGAAUAUGGGGUCCACGAGGCUCGCAAUCGGUACAUCAAGCACCUCCGAGAAGCAAGCGGGGAGGAAAGCAGGGAAUUACCAGAUCCAUGCCUUCCUGCUGGCCUGCGAACCUCUCUUGAUGGGCAAUUGCUUUCUGCCGAUUCUGUCGCGGACGUCCAUCUUCUAGGCACGGGAAAAUUCGAUGAGUGUCUUCGACAGACAUACCCUUUGCUGGACAAAGAUGCGCCAUGCCCGGAUGAACCUUGCUUGCUCCACGGUAUACACGUCCCAGCUAUUGACUUCGACGUGAACCACUUUGUUGGUAUCAGUGAAUAUUGGCACACGACGCAUGAGAUCUUCGAGAUGGGCUAUAAGGAUAAGGCGUACGAUUUCAAUACGUACCAACAAAGAGUACAAGAGUUCUGUUCGCAGGACUGGGAUUCCCUCGAUGUUGGCAUCGCAGAGCACCGGUGGGGGAAGAAGGUCGAUCGGCAAAUGGCAUAUGAGGUCUGCUUCAAGGCUUCUUGGAUCAUCAAUGUGCUGCACAGCGGCAUUGGGAUACCACGCGUUGGGCUCGAAGAUACAGCGGGCUCAAGACAUAAUGGAACUAAAGAGGUUCUCCAGCAUGGCAAGGAGAAAGGUUUCCUGGAUCCCUUCCAGCCUGUCCACAAAAUCGACUCUACCGAAGUUAGCUGGACGCUGGGGAAAAUGGUGCUCUAUGCUUCUGCGCAAGUGCCUCCAGACGAGGAAGAUGCUCUACCAGUGGGCUUUGGUAGCAAUGUCCCAGGCAUUCCGGGUGACUUCCAGUAUCCCAGUGUUGAGCUGCUUCCGGAGGCUGAGUCGGGGCGUUGGCAGGAGGCCCUUUUCGCCGGGGAAUCUCCUAGGAGGAUUCCGGGAGUUUUAGUCUUUGUCUUUUUGGUCAUUCUGGCUGCCUUCUUUGCUUGCGGUCGGAAUCGUCGCUCUCGCAUCUACCAUAAAAUCAUCAACUUCUUCCACUUUGGCCCGCACUCUCCUCACAAGAAGCGAAGGAUCUUUGGCGGCAAAAUUCCCUUUCUUGGACGAAGAUCUGCAUCGUAUGAAAGGGUCCUCGAGGAUGGCAGCCGUGAUUUUGAACUGGGAGAAGCCUCAGAUCCCGGUGACGGCAGUAGCGAUCCCGAUUCGAUGGCCUAUCGCAUGCCGAAGCGGGCAUUCAGUUGGAAUGGCACAAAGUCUCCAACAAAGACCCCAACCUUCAAAUUCGGAUUUGACGACAGUUCUAGUGGAAGUGUUGGGUUGGGAAUUGGAAGCUCAAGCGGGAACCGCAUGGAUCGGACCGGUUUGGCUGUCAGAACGGAAAGUCGAGACCACUUGACACCCAUAGCCUUGGGCCCAACUUCAAACGGACGACGGUCGAGAGCCGGCAGUCCGAUAAGAUCUCAUCAUAAGUCGCCCUUGAUGACGCCUGUGGCUGACGAUUAGCUGGCUUCCGGGGAGGGUACGGUAUUCUGCAUAUGGUUUCGUUACGGAGUUCUUUAGAUCGGUGUUUCGGUUCAUCCUAGGUAAUGGAUUGGUUAGACGUCCUGUACGAUGAUUUUCAGAAUUCUGCUUCCAACUUGUUGCUUGCGCGGUAGUCUGUGGAUCAGACGUUCUCUGCUGAUGUCUCUUCGUUGACGAUAAUUUGAUUUACAAAUAUAUAUAUCUUCGAUGUUCUACCUUCAUGUGUAUCUGAUGUAAUUACUUUUCCGCAGCCUUCAAUUUAUUUUCAUUCAAGAAAGUCAAAACUCCUGUCCCUGAAUUGAUCAUACAGUUCCGGGAGGGCCACUAAAGGCA